AUGCCUGGUCCUCAGAGGCAGCUGCUGACCCAAGACAAGCCGUUCCGCAAGGGGGGUCACGCCGCCUCCAUCCCCAAGGUGAAGCCGUCCUACAGUGUCGUCCAGUCCUCCAUCUUCUGCCAGUCCGACCACUCCGCGACGACCAAGGUCGUCAGAAAGAUUCGCGUCCUCUGCUGCGACCCGGAUGCGACCGACGACUCCAGCGACGAGGACGAGGAAGGUCACUUGGGCGGCAGCGGUGGGACGAUGACGACGAAGAAGAGGAAGAGCGGCAGCAUGGGAGCUUCCCCUGCGGCGAAGAAGCUCGUCGUCGGGGAGAUCCACAUACUGCCCUCCGCUUCAAUCUCCUCCACGAGCGCCACCGCCAUAUCGAAGAGCUCCUCCUCGAAGAAGCACAAGUUCCACCGGUCCCCGAGACCGGCGAGCGCGGCGGGGGGCCCCAAGUACAGAGGUGUCCGGCAGCGGCGGUGGGGCAAGUGGGCGGCGGAGAUCAGGGACCCAAGCAAGGGCGCCCGCAUCUGGCUGGGCACCUACGACACCGCCGAGGAGGCGGCCAUGGCCUACCAAAGGGCCUUCGAGCGGAUCAACGCCGAGAAGAGCGGGACCUCCUCCUCGGCCUCCGCCACCGCGCCGGCGCCGCCGGGGACGCCGGCGCCGUCCUCCGCCUCCGAGGAGGACUCGGAGUCGCCCUUCAUCUCAUCCCCCUCCUCCGUGCUGGACGUCGGCUCCAACUCCGGCGACACCGACGGGUCCUUCAAGCCACCGCCGCCGCCGCCGCUGCUGCACCCAGCACCGGCGUCUCCUCCGGCGGGGCUUCUCGCCGGCGGCGGCGCCCCCUUCGACGACGAGGUGGGGGCUCUGGGGAUUAUGCAAGAACCGUCCUCCUCGGGGGGGCUGGACGACACCUUCGGGCUGGAUCUCAUGGAUCCCUUCCUGCUGGACGACCUGGACGACUUCGUCGGCGGCCUCGGCGACAUGGACGGCCUCGACUUCGACCUCGACCCAGAAUCCCUCGACUGGACGGAUCUCUGA